AAUGAACUUUGACCUACAGCUGAAGAAGGCGGUUUGCAGUCCAUUCACUCCUCUCGUCGUGUCGAGGGGUUAUCAACCCUUUUAUUUUACAUACAUUUGGACCUGGUGCUGCAAUCAUAAGAUUAUACUCAGAUGUCUUGGUUAAGGAAUCUCUGCAUAAGCGCCAGCCGUUACCAUAAAGUGUGUCUCCCUUUGUUGUGCACAUGGAACCGUAAAAAUAAACCGGUAAUAUGUCAUUUUGCAUGCCUAAGAUAGUUUACACAGAACUACUGUCUGGUAUGUUGAGUUGUCAUGUCACAUUAAGUGUACCGAUUAAUGAUAUGAACUGCCUAUUUUCAUGCACUAGCAUGAUUUUAUUACUGCUUCCUACUCAGAAUUCUUAAGAUUUUAGAUGUCAAGUUAUUUGAAGGAGAAAGCAGGAAGACUGGCAGUCUAAGUAAUGAACUCUUUGGGAUGUAAAAACACCAAGGACAUAUAUAUGGACAUCUCAUGUUGUAUUAUCUCACAUAACUACUUCGUGGAAUGCAGUUGGUCAACAUAUUUACCAGUCCCAGUACCCUUCCCCUAUGAUCAAUUUCUCUUAAGAACUUGGGACUAACUUUGGUGAAUUUUUGCUAUGACCCAACUUUGCUGACAAGUAUAUACUAAUGACUGCCUUCCACGCGUUUUUUUUUCUUCAAAAUUUCCCUACAUUUUUUUGCCUGCAUUCAAGCUUUCACUACAUAUUUUUCUCCAAAAGCUUUUGUUUUAAGAAUGAUAAAUGACUUCAUUUUAGGACCUACUGGUUGUAAAUAGUCAGAAACCCACUUACCUUUCUUUAUCAAUGUUAACGACUCUCAAGAUUCUCAUACACAGUCCAAGACUAGUCAUAGAAAGAAAGCCUAGCUUAAAUAUGCUUUCUGUUAUAACCACUCAUUUAAGUUCUUAUUUCAUUAUAUUUCACAGAGUUCCUUACUUCACAGUAGCCAAGGUCCGUUUUACUUUUUUGGGACGCAAAAAUAAUCUUGGUUAGCAGUUUCAUUUUGGAAUCUUUUACAGGUCUAAUUGCGAUGGUCAGGUGUCCUGUAGAUAUACUCAAGAACUCAACAAUAUGACUGAAAUCCGUCAAAUGCUGUUUCCUAAGGUUUCAAAGGAGUACAUUAAUUAGAGAUAAUCCAUAAGAUAGAGCCCUCUCAUAUUCCUUUUCGUAAUUGUACUAGUGUUAAAUUUCAGAUUAUUGAAGCUCUUUUUUGUUUUGUCAUAUACAUUUAUUAAUUUCGUCAACAUUUUAGACUCACGUCAUGCCACCAAUCGAUGGGACUUCACAGUGGCUACGAAAGACUAUCGAAUCGGCUGCUGUGUUAGUAUUCAGCAAAACAGGAUGCCCGUUUUGUAGAAAUUUGAAGCAAAUUUUAGCUGAGGAAAAAAUCAAGCAUGCAACAAUCGAACUAGACCAGUUACCUAAUGGUCCAGCUAUUCAAAAGUCAUUAUAUAACUUCUCAAAAAUCGAGACAGUUCCUCAAGUAUUUGUUAGAGGCAAAUUCAUCGGGGAUUCUCAAACAGUUAUAAAAUACCGCAAUAAUAACGAGUUAGCGGCGAUUGUCAAUGAAAACAAGUAUGACUAUGACUUAAUAGUUAUUGGUGGAGGGUCUGGGGGACUUGCUGCAGCAAAGGAGGCAGCGAAAUAUGGAGCUAAAACAGCUGUCCUAGACUACGUAGAACCAACUCCUUUGGGUACGACUUGGGGCUUGGGAGGAACUUGCGUGAAUGUCGGAUGCAUUCCUAAGAAAUUGAUGCAUCAAGCUGGGAUCCUCAGUCAUUGUCUGGAAGACGCUCACCAUUUUGGAUGGGAUGUAGACAGAUCCAAAAUUUCUCAUAAGUGGUCUACCAUGGUAGAAGGAGUCCAAAGUCAUAUUGGUUCUCUGAAUUGGGGCUACAAAGUUGCACUUAGAGACAAUCAAGUUACAUAUUUAAAUGCACGCGGUGUUUUAUUAGGUCCUCAUGAAGUGCAGAUUACAGAAAGAAACAAGAAGGUGUCUACGAUAACUGGAAACAAAAUUAUUCUUGCUACGGGUGAACGGCCGAAAUAUCCAGAAAUACCUGGGGCAGUUGAAUAUGGAAUUACAAGUGAUGAUCUUUUUUCUUUACCAUACUUCCCCGGUAAGACACUUGUUGUGGGGGCGAGUUAUGUCGCUCUAGAAUGUGCUGGUUUCCUGGCUAGUUUGGGUGGUGAUGUUACUGUUAUGGUUCGUUCCAUUUUACUGCGUGGUUUUGAUCAACAAAUGGCUGAAAUGAUUGGCGACUAUAUGGAGAAACAUGGAGUCAAAUUUGCAAAGCUAUGCGUACCGGAUGAGAUAAAACAAAUAAAGCCGGUGGAUAUUGAAAAUAAUAAACCUGGGCGUCUGCUUGUAAGAGCUCAUUAUACAGAUGGAAGAAAGUUUGAAGAAGAAUUUGAAACGGUUCUCUUUGCUGUUGGUCGCGAACCACAGUUAUCGAAGCUUAAUCCUGAAGCCGUUGGAGUUAAACUGGAUAAAAAUGGUCGAGCUGUCUGUGAGGAUGAUGAGCAAACCACUGUCAGUAACAUUUAUGCUAUUGGAGAUAUCAACGCGGGCAAACCACAACUAACCCCGGUGGCUAUUCACGCCGGACGCUAUCUAGCUAGACGAUUAUUUGCUGGAGCAACUGAACUUACAGACUAUACCAAUGUAGCCACAACUGUUUUCACUCCGUUAGAAUAUGGUGCUUGUGGGAUGAGUGAAGAGGAUGCAAUUGAGAAGUUUGGUGAUGACGAUAUUGAGGUAUACCAUUCCCAUUUCAAACCUUUAGAAUGGACUGUAGCUCAUCGUGAAGAUAAUGUUUGCUAUGUGAAACUUGUGUGUCGAAAGUCUGAUAAUAUGCGUGUAUUAGGUCUACAUGUUUUGGGUCCUAAUGCUGGCGAAAUAACUCAGGGGUAUGCUGUCGCAAUCAAAAUGGGUGCUACAAAAGCCGAUUUUGACCGUACUAUCGGUAUUCAUCCAACAUCUUCUGAGACAUUUACUACUUUACAUGUAACGAAGAAAUCGGGCGCUUCUGCAGCUGUAACUGGUUGCUGAGGUUAAUUCCCCACUGAAGCCUUAUCUUCCUGUUCCUUCUAAUUAGAUGGAACAAUUGUGGAAGGUUAUACGGGCAUUAGUGGGGUGAUAUAAAUUCUUACUAUAUGUUAUAUAACUUAUUUUCUUCUGAACGUGCCUUUGUAUGAUCCGAAUUCUCAGAAACCUAGUUCUGUUUCAGAACACUGAGUUUUUGGUGAUGUUAUGGCACUGAGAUGAAGAAAACUUUAUUUUUGUUCGUAUUAAUGUUAGACUUGUUGGUCAGCAGAAUUUGUAUGUAUGUAUUUGAAAACAACUGUGUAUUCACUUUCUUACCAUCUUAGUUUCUAAUCAGAUAGACUGUUUUCCUUUCACACCAUUUUUCAAAUAUGAAUUUGUGACUUUCAAAUAAAAAUGAAGUACAUAAAUCAGUAUUGUUCUAAUUUUCAUGUUAAAUCGUUGUCUGCAUUUCUAUACUCCUAGUAAUUAAAUUAUGUGACCUGAAUAUUUGGUUUAGUCACUAGUAGUUGCUUUCGAAUCUGUCGGCUAAAAACAUGCACCCUAUUAGUUUCCAUGACAGGGGAAUAAUAACGGUUGGUUUAUUUUCACAUUUUGUAAAAACAUACCUUUUAUAAAUAUUGGUCUAAUUCACUCAUUGUAACCCUUCGUUACGUGUGAAAAAAGACUACGUUGGGUUUCAUUAUAACUAUAAAACCUUACGAAGAAGUUAUCGAAGCUAAUAUUACUUGUUCAUUAAUCAGUCUCUUGGAAUUUUCAAUGGGUAUUCUCUAUUUAUGAAAGUGUAAAUUCAUCCUACGCAAUGUGUUCUUCUUGAUUUUACUAAGUUAUUUUGGAGGAAUAAUUGUGUGAAAUGUAUUAUUUUCAUUUUAAAUUAUUUUUCCCAUAAAUGCAAUUAUUUGCGUAUACACAGAAAUUUCAAACAAGCCAUGUUUGUGCCAACGUCAGUAAUGAGAUUAUGCUUUGAAUAAAAUUUACUCAC